AUGGCCGCGGAUGAAGUAAAAGGAGCGUCUGCUCCGGAGAGAUAUGACACCAAGGCGUUCCCGAAAUCCAUCACAGCAGAGGCGUCUACCUCUUCGUUGUCAAGUGAUGAGCCUCGACGAUACAAGGAUGCAGAUGCUGCAUUUGAUACCUCUGAAGAUCCGCGGUAUUACAAGCCAAUUCCGACUUACGAGGGUAUACAUCGUUGGGAUCCAGACUUCGAGUGGACAGAGAAAGAGGAGAAACGACUGAUAACAAAGAUUGACCUGCGAGUCUGCACAUUCGCAUGUGUAACGUUCUUCGCGCUCCAGCUGGAUCGAGGCAAUAUCGUCCAGGCACUGUCGGACAACAUGCUGGGCGACCUUGGUAUGAACACGAACGACUACAACACCGGACAAACGAUCUUCUUCCUCUGUUUCCUCUUCGCGGAGCUGCCCUCGCAGCUCAUCUCCAAGGCACUCGGGCCGGAUCGCUGGAUCCCCAUUCAGAUGGUCUGUUGGAGUUUGAUCGCCGCUUUCCAGUCUUUCAUCAAGGGCAAAAGCGGGUAUUUCGUUUGCCGAGCGCUUCUCGGAUUAUUCGAGGGCGGAUUCAUCCCCGACACGAUUCUCUUCCUCUCCUUCUGGUACAAGUCCAAGGAACUGCCCAUCCGCCUCAGCUACUUCUGGGUUUCGUACCAAGCAACCGCCAUCGUCGGUGCAUUCCUCGCCUUCGGCUUCCUCCACAUCCACGACGGCGACGGCAAAGGCGGCUGGCGCUACCUCUUCGCCUUCGAAGGCCUUAUCACAGGCAUUAUCGGCAUCAUCGCCGCAUUCUGGAUGCCGGCCUCCCCCACACAGACGAAAGGCGGCUUCCGCGGAAAGAACGGGUGGUUCAACGAGCACGAGGAAAAGAUCCUCGUGAACAGAGUCCUCCGCGACGACCCCAGCAAAGGCGGCAUGCAUAACCGGCAAGCCGUCACCCCCAAGAUGCUCUGGCAGGCGCUCGGCGAUUAUGACAUGUGGAUCAUCUACCUGCUCGGUCUGACAUGGCUGAUCCCCAACACACCGGCGACGAGCUAUAUCACGCUGCAGCUCAAGUCGCUGGGGUUCAAGACCUUCCAGACCAAUCUCCUGACUAUCCCCGCGUACGCGAUCUUCAUCGUCAACCUGCUCUUCUGGACUUGGAUCUCGGAGCGGUUCAAUGUGCGGUUCCUCUUGGGAGUCGUGGCGGAAGUCUGGUGCCUGGUUCUGCUGAUUGCCCUGGAGGUUCUGCCCGCAGAGGCCAGCCCCUGGGCCCGGUGGGUCAUUUUGAUACUUCUUCUUGGGGCACCGUACAUCCACGCGAUCAUUGUGGCCAUGACAUCGAGGAACGCAGGCACAGUGCGGACACGGACGGUUGCCAGCGCGCUGUAUAACAUGACGGUGCAGACCUCGAAUAUCAUUGCCAAUAACAUCUAUCGUGAAAAUGAUAAACCGUACUACCGCACCGGUAACAAGGUUCUCAUUGCUCUGUCGGUAUACAGCAUGGUUCUCUUCGUCGUGGCCCGGUUCUACUAUGAAUGGCGGAACAAAACAAAAGCAAAAAAGUGGAACGCCAUGUCUAGCGCGGAAAGGGAGGAGUAUCUUUCUGCGAAUAAGGACCUGGGGAAUAAAAGACUCGACUUUAGAUUUGUGUACUAG